GUGUCUUAUGUGUUACUGAGUCGCCAGCAUGCUGACCGCACAGAGAGCAUGUGCAGCUCUGACUGCUCGGCGACUUGUUGGAACCUCCGUCUCCGACACACACACACGCUCCCGCAAGUUCCGCACCGCCGCUCGCAGUCGCGACGAGCUGGAGCUCAAUCCAGAAUGGGCGAACUUGGCCAAAAAGCAGCUCAAAGGGAAGAACCCCGAGGACCUGAUCUGGCGCACGCCCGAAGGCAUCAACAUCAAACCCGUUUACACAAAGUCAGACUCUGCUGCGGUCCCAGAUGAACUGCCAGGAGUUUUCCCCUACACUAGGGGGCCCUAUCCUACCAUGUACACAUCUAGACCCUGGACCAUCAGACAGUAUGCUGGCUUCAGCACAGUGGAGGAAAGCAACAAGUUUUACAGGGAUAAUAUCAAAGCUGGACAGCAAGGUUUGUCUGUGGCCUUCGACCUCCCCACGCACAGAGGCUACGACUCGGACAACCCCCGCGUCCAUGGAGAUGUGGGAAUGGCUGGAGUUGCCAUAGACACCGUGGAAGACAUGAAGAUGCUGUUUGACGGAAUCCCACUGGAGCGCAUGUCCGUUUCCAUGACAAUGAAUGGGGCAGUGAUCCCUGUCCUGGCCAUGUUCAUAGUGACGGGAGAGGAGCAGGGGGUGUCCAAAGCCAAGCUUACAGGGACCAUCCAGAAUGACAUCCUGAAAGAGUUCAUGGUGCGCAACACCUAUAUCUUCCCCCCGGAACCAUCCAUGCACGCUAUCGCGGAUAUCUUCGCCUACACAUCCCAAAACAUGCCCAAGUUCAAUUCCAUCUCCAUCAGUGGCUACCACCUUCAAGAAGCUGGGGCAGACGCCAUCUUAGAGGUGGCUUACACCAUCGCCAACGGCUUGGAGUACUGCCGCACAGGGCUGAAAGCCGGCCUCACCAUCGACGAGUUUGCUCCCAGGCUGUCCUUUUUCUGGGGCAUUGGCAUGAACUUCUACAUGGAGAUAGCCAAACUGCGGGCUGGGCGGCGACUCUGGGCCACGCUGAUCAAGAAGAACUUCCAGCCCAAGAUGGUCAAGUCCCUCCUCCUCAGAACGCACUGCCAGACCUCAGGAUGGUCUCUCACUGAACAGGACCCCUACAACAACGUGGUGAGGACUGUGAUCGAGGCCAUGGCAGCAGUGUUCGGGGGUACCCAGUCGCUCCACACCAACUCGUUUGACGAGGCUCUGGGUCUGCCCACGGUCAAGAGCGCCCGCAUCGCCCGAAACACCCAGAUCAUCAUCCAGGAGGAGUCUGGGAUACCCAACGUGGCCGACCCCUGGGGCGGAUCCCACAUGAUGGAGGCCCUGACAGAUGACGUCUACAACACCGCCCUAAAGUUCAUCAGUGAGAUUGAGGAGAUGGGGGGCAUGGCCAGGGCUGUGGCUGAGGGCAUUCCUAAACUACGCAUAGAGGAGUGUGCUGCCCGCAGACAGGCUCGCAUAGACUCAGGUAACGAGGUCAUUGUCGGUGUGAACAAGUAUCGUCUGGAGACAGAGGAGACGGUGGAAGUGCUGGCUAUAGACAACACCAGCGUGCGCAAUAAACAGAUCGACAAACUGAAGAACGUCAGAGCGAGCCGUGAUGCAGAGAAGGCAAGGGCGUGCCUGGCAGCCAUCGAGGAGUGCGCUCGCACACGGGAGGGGAACCUCCUGGGCCUGGCUGUGGAGGCAGCCCGUGCCAGGUGUUCAGUCGGGGAGAUCACAGACGCCAUGAAGACUGUGUUCGGAGAGCACAAAGCCAGCACCAGGAUGGUGAGUGGAGCCUACCGCAGCGAGUACGGAGAAAACGAGGAAAUCUCGCUGACCAACAACCGGGUUAUUGAGUUUAAAAAGCAUGAAGGGAGAAACCCUCGUCUAUUGGUGGCGAAGAUGGGCCAGGACGGUCAUGACAGGGGUGCAAAGGUCAUCGCCACAGGCUUCGCUGACCUGGGCUUUGAUGUGGACAUUGGACCUCUCUUCCAGACUCCGCUGGAGGUGGCACAGCAGGCGGUGGAUGCGGAUGUGCACUGCGUGGGCGUCAGUACCCUGGCGGCGGGGCACAAGACGCUGGUCCCAGAGCUCAUCAAGGAGCUGAGGAACCUGAACCGCCCUGACAUCCUGGUCAUCUGCGGGGGCGUCAUUCCACCACAGGACUACGAGUUCCUCUUCCAGAGCGGUGUGUGUUGCAUCUUCGGCCCGGGCACCCGGAUCCCCCAGGCAGCCGUGGAGGUUAUCGACAACAUCGAGAAGAGCCUAGAGAAGAUCCGCCAGGCCAUGUGAACAAGAGCCCACGCCACAACCCCACGCCAGGACCCCACGCCAGGACCCCACACCACGACCCCACGCCAGGACCCCACACCACAACCCCACACCAGGACCCCACACCACGACCCCACGCCAGGACCCCACACCACGACCCCACGCCAGGACCCCACGCCACGACCCCACGCCACAAUCCCACGCCACGACCCCACGCCAGGACCCCAAACCACCACCCCACGCCAGGACCCCAAACCACCACCCCACGCCACGACCCCACGCCAGGACCCCACGCCAGGACCCCACGCCACGACCCCACACCACCACCCCACGCCACGACCCCACACCAGGACCCCACGCCAGGACCCCACACCACGAUCCCACGCCACAACCCCACACCACCACCCCACACCACCACCCCACACCACGAUCCCACGCCACAACCCCACGCCAGGACCCCACACCACGAUCCCACGCCACCACCCCACACCACGACCCCACACCACGACAUGACCAUCUACACUUCAGCCUCUGUCUUGACCCUGUGGGAAAGAUGCUACAGUUGGAAAGUGUUAUAAUCUGACUGCUUAACUAGAGCCAUUGGGCUGUUUAAUAAAAAGUUAUGGUAUACAUAAUGUGUUUUAUGAAUCAGGUUAGAUUCUCAUUGAUGCAUAAUGUAAUAAAGUUGUGAUUAAAGGAA